CCUAAACCUAAACCUAACUAAACUCCAUUCCAGUCUGGCAUUCGAGUCUUGUGUAAUAAUAAAACAUGCUGGAUUCUGGAUACGAAGACUUCUUUCUCAUAUAAGUAGAUAUUCAUAGAAAGGAAGUGGAAGUGCAUAGCGUAACAUUUUUCCUAUAUUUUUACCACCACUACUGUUCUCUCCAUUUAAUUCUGUCAACGUCUUCAAUAAUUAUCAUCGCAUGACGCUGGUCGCCUAUUUCUGCAGGGGACGAAGAAAUUCACCAAUUCGCAUACUCUGCUUAUUAUAACGGAGACUUUUACUUACAGAUUAAAAAAAUAAGAGUCUCGUAUUUCCUCUGGUUCAUUCAUUCGUGCAAGUUUUUGAUAAGUCGUCAUUCGUUAUAAAAUAUGUGUGACGAUGCCACAAUAAAAUUUGUAUGUAUAAGAAAUGAAUCAGUUUGUUAAACUGGACGACUGCUGGAAGUGAGUGAGUUUGCCAUUUUGAGUGCGAAUCUGGCACACAAAACCUUAUUCAUUUCAGGGGUGUCAGUUUUUCUGAAAAUGUAAGGAGGAAGAAAAGUUUGUGUCUGUGGGUGCAUGAAAAAUAAAUAAGCCGGCUUCCGGUUGUGAUAAAAGAAGAUGAGCGUGUCUACACUUAACUUUAAAUAAUGGAGAAAUAAACUGGAAUUAAUUUUAUAACGAUAUUUAUUUCUACAAAUUGAGAAAGUAUUAAGGAAAUUGUGGUGAAAUGAUUCGGUUAAAAGUGGUGGGUGGAAGGGUUCUAUUGCUCCUCUUGUUUGUGGUACCGUCGGGAUGGACGCGAAUAAACGAGCAAGGAGGUUGCAUCGGCUGCACGGUUCAGCCAUGUUUCUGUGAAGGCGAAAAAGGUCUUACGGGCGAGCGUGGAAUUCGUGGUCAAAGUGGAGCAGAAGGUUUUCCAGGCGACAUAGGACCAGACGGACCUUUUGGACCCAAGGGACAAAAGGGCGACCUUGGUAAUUCUGGAUCAAUGGGGGAGAAAGGUUAUCGGGGCGACGGUGGCGUUCCUGGCUUCGUAGGAGUCGCAGGACGUCCAGGGCUCCCUGGAACCGAUGGCCUCGCAGGGGACGAUGGAACAGAUGGGUGUAAUGGAACUGAUGGUGGGUCAGGCUUCCCUGGUCGACCUGGUGGAAUUGGGGGGCGUGGAAUGAUCGGACCUCAGGGUAAUCGGGGUCCUCCUGGUGAUGCAGGCGAGGGGGGCAUCAAUUCUCCCGGGUAUAAGGGCGAUUGGGGGGAGUCUGGUCGUCCAGGUAGCCCGGGCUUGCAAGGACAUCCAGGAAUGCAUGGACUAAUCGGACCACGAGGAGAUCCUGGUGACAGCGGACUUCCUGGAAAUUUUGGAGACUUUGGACAGAAAGGAGCAAAAGGAGAGAUGAACAUAAUUCCACCUGGGCCAAAGGGUGACUGGGGAGAUACCGGUGAUCCAGGGCCGCCUGGUCCUGGUAGCUCUGUCGUCCCACCGGAAAUCACUUUCUUACGAGGACCCAAAGGAGAAGUUGGGAUUAAGGGCGAGAAAGGAAGUAGUGGGCACAGGGGACCAUUUGGACCAAUGGGAUUGAGUGGCGUUCCAGGAAACCCGGGUGACAAUGGUGUCAGCGGUGAUCGCGGUGAUGAUGGUGCGAGAGGAAAACAAGGUCGGGAAGGUCCUGAAGGCCCUGCAGGUAUAAAGGGAGCCAAGGGCGCUCCAGGUUACGAAGGAGUUCCGGGAUUCGAAGGAGGAAAGGGAGAUUUUGGAGAUCCUGGGAGACGUGGUCAGAUUGGUGAUCAAGGCCCUCUAGGUCUACCAGGAGAGUACAAAGAAGGCGAAGAUGGUGUCGGGUCUCCAGGUCCAGUCGGCGCACAGGGACCAAUUGGCUAUUCAGGUCCCAAGGGUGAAUUUGGUCGACGUGGAGAAAAUGGCUUCAUGGGAAAUCGUGGCCCAGCAGGACCCCCAGGACCAGAGGGAAUAGCUGGAAAUCCAGGAAGGCCUGGUUUUACGAUGAAAGGUGAAGUUGGGGAUUCAGGUUUUCCAGGUCUUCGGGGCCCUGCUGGAUUUGAUGGCGUCCCUGGAGUGUAUGGAACUCAGGGAGCAAAAGGCUUUCCUGGAUUAACAAUUAUAGGCCCACCAGGAUUGGAUGGAAUUCCUGGGCGAGAUGGAUUGGACGGUUUACCAGGAGAAAGAGGAGAUAACGGAUAUCAAGGAGCCAAAGGUUAUCCAGGCGCAGGAUUCGACAUAAUUGGACCCCCUGGACCUAUGGGGACACCGGGAUUAGAUGGCGAUGUGGGGUUACCUGGUUUAGACGGAGUUCCUGGUUUUCCUGGUUUGAAGGGAAAAGGUGGGGAAAAUUGCGGCCCUUGUUUCGAUGGAUUUCCGGGCCUCGCUGGAGAGAAAGGAGAAAUUGGCUUUCCUGGAAUUCCUGGCACUGUGGGUCUUCGAGGUUUAACAGGUGAACGUGGCUUUCCUGGACCCCGUGGAAAAGACGGACUACCAGGCUUUAGAGGAAUACCUGGACGACCUGGAUCGUUCGGUUUAGCUGGUUUUCCUGGAGAAAAAGGUGUCCCAGGUGAAGUAAUAAUGCCCGAGACGGAACUAAUUAUAGGACCACCUGGACAAAUUGGCGAUAAGGGAUAUCCAGGCCUAGAUGGUGUACGUGCAUUGCCAGGGCCCCCUGGCCGACCAGGAGAUCCGGGACCCGUUGGAACAAAGGGAACGAAAGGCUUAAUGGGAGAUGCUGGGCUACCCGGAUUUGAUUCCCGUCCAGGAAUACCGGGAAUACCUGGACAGAAAGGAGAACCCGCUGAUUUCUUUAUCGACAAAGAAGUUCUACGAGGAGAUCCAGGCUAUGAUGGCAGACGUGGACCACCAGGAGAAUUAGGCGAGGUUGGAUUUCAAGGCGAACCUGGGGACAGUUUAGGCUUCCUCGUGAUGGGAGAACACGGAGAUCCAGGCUUCCCUGGUCAGAAGGGUCUACAAGGAGAUCGUGGCCUUGAUGGAAAUCCAGGUUUUGAUGGGCAAUUUGGUGACAAAGGAGAAGCUGGAGAUCAGCGUCCUGGUAUUUUUGGAGAAAUGGGAAGCAAAGGUUACGCCGGAAUACCUGGAGAUGCAGGGCCACGUGGAUUAAAAGGACGCGCAGGAGGAGAUGGCUUUGAUGGAACCCCUGGCCGUCACGGUGGAAAAGGUGAAAGAGGUGACCCUGGAAGUGGUGUGUUAUCCGGAGAUCCUGGAUUACCCGGAUAUCGAGGCCAAAAGGGAGAGCGUGGAAUGGAAGGUCCUCCAGGCUUGGAUGGAAGAGACGGUCCAACGGGGUUAGAUGGGUUACAGGGAAUGAAGGGUGCCCCAGGCCAAAAUGGAUUCCCAGGAAUUAAAGGAGAACGUGGCGAACCUUUACCCGGUCUUCCUGGACUUGUCGGAUUACCAGGAUUACCUGGACCGGUUGGAUUGCCUGGAAUUUUUGGUCCAUCUGGACCCAUGGGUGGUCAAGGACGAAACGGACAAGAUGGAUUUCCUGGCCCGAGGGGAGAUCGUGGAAGGCCUGGAGUUCGAGGUAUCGAAGGAGACGUUGGACCUGACGGACCAGAUGGAAGAGUUGGCAGGACAGGAAAUCCGGGUCCAUUCGCAGAAAAAGGAGAUCAAGGCGACACUGGGACACCUGGUUAUGUUGGCUUUAAAGGUUUGCCUGGAAAUCUUGGAUAUUUGGGAAGAAAAGGUGAAAUUGGAGAGUGGGGACCUGUUGGGUUGGAUGGGUUGCAGGGAGCUCAAGGAAUUACCGGUGCUCCCGGAGACAGAGGCUUCCCCGGGUAUCGAGGUCAGCCUGGAGAUGAUGCUACCUUCGGAAAUGCUGGCGAUAUAGGAGAUUCGGGAUCCGUUGGAGAAAAAGGCUACCCUGGUCGGAACGGUUAUGACGGACUAAAAGGAGAGCGUGGAUCUUACGGGGAGUCAGUUCCUGGCCCAAUUGGAGGUGUGGGAUCGAGAGGAGAUGUUGGCUGGCCGGGAAUGAAGGGCUUCAUGGGAGAAAUUGGUUUACCUGGUGUUGCUGGACCCGCUGGCGAGCCGGGCGACAUCGGAAGAGCUGGUUUUGCCGCAUUAAAUGGCCGAAAAGGAUUCAAAGGGACGCAGGGUUUCGCAGGGAGUCCAGGACCGGGACCACAGGGACUAAAAGGAAUGGACGGCGAUCCUGGCCUUUUUGGCCGAAAUGGUCUUCCUGGAGAUCCUGGGCCAAUGGGAAAAUCAGGUCUCUUCGGAUUAGCUGGCAUCAAAGGAUCCGUAGGAGAUCCUGGUUAUAUGCAAUCUGGGUUUGGAGGACCUCCUGGAGAUUGGGGACCCAAAGGUGUCCGUGGGGAUAAUGGAACACCCGGAUUUUCUGGAGUCAAGGGACGCAGGGGAGAUCCUGGCCGAGUAGGACCCCCUGGUCUGGAGGGAUCUCCUGGGGCCAAAGGUCAAAGGGGUACUACUGGACCCAUCGGUUUAAAAGCCCCUGAAGCGCUCGCCCUUGCUGGGGAUAUAGGAGAACCUGGAUCGCCUGGAAAAGUUGGCAGACCUGGCUUUCACGGACAAAAAGGAAAACCUGGAGAUUACGGGAGAAAUGGGCUGCCUGGAUUGCGAAUGGUCGGACCGGUGAGAGUAGGACAAAAGGGUUUGCCUGGAGAGGAUGGAUUACCGGGAGGUCAGGGAUUCAGGGGAAAAGAUGGGUUGCAGGGAAGACCGGGUUUAAUCGGAAGAAAGGGAAGCAUUGGCGACCCUGGAUUUGCGGGAUCACCGGCUACUUCAUUUACUGGCGAACCAGGCGUCAGUGGAAUCCCUGGAGGUCGAGGGUUCAAGGGCCCUCCCGGUGACUCUGGAUUUGACGGGCUACCAGGAUUGGAUGGUCUCAAAGGAAUGCACGGCGAUCCUGGAUUUUCUGGAAGACCUGGCGCCUUUGGCGAGAAGGGAGAAAAAGGAGAGGCUGGAGUACCGGGAUUUGUCACAGCUUAUUCGAAGGGUUUACCAGGAAGACCAGGUAACCCUGGUCGACAAGGCGCAAUUGGAACUCCGGGCUUAUCUGGAUUACCCGGUCCGUCUGGCGAACUCGGCCGAGAUGGACGACCCGGUUUACCUGGCUUAAGCGGGCCUAAGGGAGUCAGAGGCGAUGGUGGGAUAGCUGGUAGAGAAGGAAAUGAAGGUCGCGUCGGUCAAUUCGGAGCAAAAGGUGACCCUGCCCCACCCGGACCACCACCAAAGUCACGAGGUUAUUUUUUCACUCGACACUCUCAAACAGUUCGGGACCCUAUUUGCCCUACGGGAAGUACACUUCUCUGGGCUGGAUACUCACUUUUACAUCUCACCGGAGACGGGAAAGCGCGUGGGCAAGAUUUGGGGGCACCGGGUUCAUGUCUCGCCAAAUUUUCGACGAUGCCGUUCCUCUUCUGUAAUUUGAACAAUGUGUGCAAUUACGCGUCGAGAAAUGACUACUCGUACUGGCUCUCGUCAUUCGAACCACUCCCCAUGAUGAUGAUGCCCAUUACUGGACUGGAAAUUAAAAAGUAUGUGUCGCGUUGUGCCGUUUGCGAAGCACCGUCGACCGUUAUUGCCGUCCACUCACAAACCACGGAUGUUCCAGACUGUCCAAAUGGGUGGUACCAAAUGUGGAAUGGCUACUCUUUCCUCAUGCACACAGACGCUGGGGCGGAAGGAGGUGGUCAGCCUUUAGCAUCGCCGGGUUCAUGUCUUGAAUUUUUCAAGCCGUUGCCCUUCAUCGAGUGCAUCGGUCAAGGGAAGUGCAACCUCUUCUCGUCCGCUUUCUCGUACUGGUUGGCUACUAUUCCCGAGUCAAAGCAGUUCAUGCGCCCAGAACACGAAACCACAAAAUCAGGCAGCCACGAGAACAGGAUAUCGAGAUGUUCUGUGUGCGGCAGGAGGCGACCUGAUGAAUUGACUGCGGGGUCAGCUCAACCAGGAUCGCAGCAGGGUAGGAGGGUAUCCAACUUCGGGUAGAUUUCGGGUAGAUUUGUAAUUUUCAUAUAGUGGGGCGAAAUUCGCAAGGGAAUUGUGCUAUUUUUUUGCACGAAAUUAAUCCAAUUUCUAAUCAUAAUUGUGUAAAUGUCGAUGUAUCUUAAUUACAGAAGCACGUGUAGUCAAAUAAUUAUGAUAGCAUAAACAACGUGUGCCAAAACUAUACAAUUUUGCCAAAAAUUUAAAAUUUAAAAUAUUUAUGUGCGUUUCGUUCAAACCAAUUUUGAAUUUUUGUUACCAGAAUUAUAAAUACUUAAUUAACAGAAUAGGAAUUGAUGUACUUAACUAAUUGUACGGAAUUAUUUUUUAUGUUCACGGAGAUGUAACCCGUCACCCGUAAUAACACUGCCAAUAAUAAUUACACUGCCAUCUUAUAGUAAUUAACUAUAUGUAAUAACUAUAUUUUAAUUAGUAUAUUGUAAAGAGUAAAGUUUAUAUUUAAUUAAAAAUUGGAAUUUGGAUGACAUUUUUAA